ACCAAACUCUAUGCUCCGAAUCCGAACCCAAUUCAGUUAAGACAUAAAAACAUGAUUUUUUUUUUUUUUAAUUGGCGACUGAAAGCGAGCUUGGAAAGGAAGUAAAAAUCUAAUCUUUUGAUCUCCUUCAUCCUCCUCCGUGAGCACCAAGUAGAGAUCUUUAGAACUCAAAUCAAAUCGAGAAACCAAUCAAUGAACGGGACCCACCGUCACCAUCUCCUCCAGCUAGUCCUAUCCUGCCGCAAGAUCACGGCGCAGGUGACUCAACCAGGAACCUCCACCAUCAUAGCCAUGGCUUCCUCCUCCGAGCAAGAGUUCCUCGCCCAGAGCCGCGCCAAUCUCUACCGCUUCCCUCGCUCCAACAGCUUCUGGGACUCCAAGACGGCCUCUCGCGUCGGCGAGAAGCUCGGUCUGCGUCUCAGAGAGCUCGGCGUCGACGCCGUCUCCAUCGACGCGGAGGAGGAGAUCUCAAGACCUGUUCACCACCGUAAAAGGGUUUUGCCGUUGUUUGACUCCGUCCGUCGCAGUGGAAUCAGAGUCGAUGGUACUGAUCAGUUAAACGAUGUCGUUCCUAGAGAUUAAAGUUUACAAAUUAUUACAGUUUCUUGUACGAAUGAGAGAUUUUUUUUGCAAGAACUUAUAACAAUUUGAUUUAAUACCUUUUUAUUCUGGCUUCUA